AUGCUUAAAGGACGUCUAUGGCGUUUUUUAAUAUGCUUUUUUAUACUCUAUUUAAUAUCUCUUUUGUUUUUCCUUCGUUAUUUUAAUUCUGAUGAAAAUAAAACAACAACAGUAUCACAAAAACACCAUGCACGUGUUAUUGUCGAUGAUAAUCAAGAACAAAAUAAUAAUAAUCACCAUCAUGUGGUUGAACGGCAAGCUGAAAACAAUAAACCAUCAAAUAUAGAAUUAGAAAAUAAACAAAAUAGUCGAUCAAGUUUAGAACCUGUAAUGCAGAAUGGUACAUAUGGUAAUUAUGAAUUGAAAAGCAUAGUUAAACCAUCUGGUCCUGGUGAAAAUGGUGAAGGUGUUCAAUUGAACGGAGAAGAUGUUAAACGAGGAGAAGAAUCUGUUGCUGAAUAUGGCUUUAAUGAAGUAGCAAGUGAGAAAAUCUCAUUAGAUCGACGUGCACGUGAUACCAGACCACAAGAAUGUAAAUAUUGGAAUUAUCCAAGUGUUGAUAAAUUACCAACAGCAUCCGUUGUGCUUGUCUUCUACGAUGAAGGAUGGUCAACACUAGUACGAACAUUUCAUUCUGUAAUUAAUACAAGUCCAAAAGAAUUAUUGAAAGAUAUUAUUCUUGUCGAUGAUUACAGUGAUCAAGAACAUAUAACUGUUCGUUUACCGGAAUAUAUUAAAAAAUGGAAUGGUCUUGUAAAAUAUGUUCGAACAAAAGAACGAGUUGGACUUAUUGAAGCUCGUGUUGUUGGCGCUCGUGCUGCUGAAGGUGAUGUUAUUGUUAUCUUAGAUGCUCAUUGCGAAUGUGUAACAAAUUGGUUGCCACCAUUAUUGACUCGCAUUGCUUUAAAUCCUAAAACGUUAGCUGUACCUAUUGUUGAUGGAAUUGAAUGGAAUACACUUCGGCAUAACGCAGCCUACGGUGGUACACUUUUUCGAGGUAUAUGGGAAUGGGGAUUUCUAUAUAAAGAAACGGGAUUACCACAACGUGAACAAAGUCAAAUGAAAUAUCAAACUGAACCAUAUAAAAGUCCCACUCAUGCUGGUGGUCUUCUUGCUAUUGAUAAAAAAUGGUUUUUUGAAUUAGGAGAACAAUAUGAAUUGAGUUUUAAAGUUUGGAUGUGUGGUGGUCAACUUGAAUGGGUUACUUGUAGUCAUGUCGGACAUAUUUAUCGAGGGCCACGUCGACGUAGUAUGCAUCCUCGGGGUGGAAAUAUUCAUCAAAGUCAUAUAAAUCAUUUACGUGUUGCUGAAAUUUGGAUGGAUGAAUAUAAAGAAUAUUAUUUACGUCGUCAACCAAAUCAGGCUCAUCUUGAAAUUGGUGAUACUAGUGAGUAUAAAGCAUUAAGAAAACGCUUGAAUUGCUCAAGCUUUAAAUGGUUUAUGGAUAACGUUGCUUAUGAAAUGGCUGAGAAAUAUCCACUACCACCAGCUAAUCAUGUUUGGGGUGAAAUGCGCAAUGAUCAAUAUCAAAAAUGGUGUGCCGAUACACUUGAUAAUCAAUUUGGUCGACCCAUAGGCAUAUCCGGUUGCCAUAGUCAAGGUGGGAAUCAAUUGUUUCGUAUAAAUGUAGAAGGCGAAUGGUCAUCGGGUGAACAUUGUUUCGUAUCUGAAGGCAAAUCUAUUGUUGCAAGACAUUGUGUACAAACGGGCCGAUGGGUUCCAAAAGGUGAAUGGACGUAUGAUAACAAUACACGACAGAUUCGUUCAACAGAAGUUUAUAAAUGCGUUGCAACCGAUGAGAAAACUUUAUUUCUUGACAAUUGUGAUGAAAAAUCAUUAACUCAAAAAUGGACAUGGAAAGAAACUUACGUAGUAUAA